AUGCUAUACAGUACCGCUAAUAUUUCACGUUACACUUCAACUGCUCUCUUAGGUGAACUCAGUGAACAAAUGGAAACCAAAUUGUAUAUCCCUUCCACUUCCACUGCACCAGUCACAGCAGUAUUUACAUCUACCUUUUCGGCGCCGCCUCACUAUCCAACCAAUAAAGUCUCCAAGGGUACUGAUGGAAAAACUUCUGAGGAAUCUGCUUUGCCUACGGGAGCCAAAGAAUUUCCCGACAACUCUAAUACCGGAAGGAAAAAAAUUCUUGUAAGUUAUUGCAUAAUCCAAGCAUUUUUGUCUAAUUUUGCCACUGAGAUAUGA